CAGUAGCCUAUGUAGAACCACGUAGCACCAGCUUUGGAUUUUAACCACCAGCAGCAGCAGCAGCAGCAGAAGCAGCAGCAGCAGCCGGAGCGGCUAUGGAUCUCUUUGAAUUCGACUUUUUCAGAGACUGGGAGCUGGAACAACCAUGUCAUCUGGAGUCGGAUCGCAGCGCCCUGAAGAGGAGGGAGUGGGAGAGGAGGAACCAGGAGGUCCAACAGGAUGAAGACCUGUUCUCAACUGGAUUCAACUUGUUUGGAGAACCAUAUAAAACUAAUAAAGGUGAUGCGUUGGCAAGCCGCGUCCAGAACACGCUGGGCUCCUAUGAAGAAAUGAAAGACCUGUUAACCAGCCAUUCUAACCAGAGCCACUUAGUGGGAAUCCCCAAAGGCAGCAACAACCUGCAGACCCCAACCACUUCAACAACAGAGAGACCCGCUAUGGAGUCCCAGCUUUUCAAUGAGGCCCUGAGAGGUGGAACAGGUGCAGGAGGAGGAGGAGGAGCAGAGGGAGGUGGGGACAAGAGAAUGGGAAAUGCAUCUUCCUCAUCGUCAACUUCGAUGCAACCUCCUGCUUCGACCACAUCGUCAUCAUGCACCACAACAAUCCCACAUCAGAAUUUGAAAAAGUCUCGAAGCUCCAUGGACUGGUCGAGGGCAGGCCACUCACAGAGUACCCAGGGAGCAGGCCUCGUUCUGGGGUCGGGACAGAACGGGCAGGGGCAGGUCCCAGCAGCUACGAGUGGAAGAGGAAAAAUGACUUUAUUAGAGGAACAGCAAAUGCAAAGGCACGAAGACCUGUUUAGCUCCCUUAAAGAUGAACUUGGUCUAAAAGGGGAUUCAAGCCCUUCCUCCUCUUCUUCAUCCUCCUCUUCCUCUUCUUCUGGGAGAAGACACUCUUCCCACCUCUCCAAAACCCUUCCUCUCCCAGAUGGUGGCAAUUUUCGAUCUUCCACCAUGGACGGUGGCCAUUUUAAGUCUUCCACUAACACAGAAAAUGGUGGACAUUUUAAAUCCUCCCCCUUUGAAAAUGAGACAGGUUCUCACCUCUCUACAUCCUCCUCCCCGUUGGCUUCCACAUCAGUUCUGACGACACCCACUCCCGGUUUAACCACUCCCACAUCUGGACUGACUACCCCCACCUUCCCACCUGGUAGCCUAUCAGGGAAGCCGAUCGCAGUCCAGCAGAAGCCCACAGCCUAUGUUCGACCAAUGGAUGGCCAGGACCAGGCGCCUAGUGACUCUCCCCAGCUUAAACCCCCUCUAGUGGCCACCGAGGGAUUCAACAACAGUCAAGCUUACGGAGGAAACUCUGGGAAUGCGAAGAAUAAACUGCCAAAACUGAGUCUCAGCCACGCAGGGGAGGUCAGCCUACCAAAUGACUCCAGCUGUGUUGAAGAGAUUUUGCGGGAGAUGACCCAUUCCUGGCCUCCUCCUCUUACAGCCAUACACACUCCUGGGAAGGCUGAUCAGACCAAGUUCCCCAUCCCAAAUAAGGAGUCACAGCAUGUGACCUCAGGCUACAACACCCAGAAGCGAUGUACUGUAUCCGCUAACAAGCCUGCUGCGAAACCACCAACUGCACCACAGAAGUCAAUGCUGGAGGAUGACCUGAAGAUCAGCAGCGACGAGGAAGAGGCCGAACAGCAGGUGUCUGACAAGCCCAAAGCCAGAGGCACAGCCUUGAGCGGAGCAUCAGGGAGCAGCAGUGAAUCAGAGAGCAGCUCAGAGUCGGACACAGACGAAUCAGAGAGCAGCUCCAGUGACAGCGAGUAUAAUCAGGCCUCCCGCACACACACUCCAGAGCCUGAGCCACCCUCUGCCAACAAGUGGCAGCUGGACAGCUGGUUGAAUAAGGUCCAAGCUCAAACCAAACCCCUUGUUCCCCCACAGCAAGAGCAUGGCACAGGCUCCAUCACCCAGGGUCCAGGGACUUUCUCUCCAGGGAGUGAAGCACCAGGAGUGGGUACGGCUGCUAAGACCAAGCCCUGCGUAUCCAACAGCACCCCUGUCCCAGCUGCACCAACAGUGGAACACAAGGACACAAGGGGAGCCUUCUGCCCAGGCAGAGAGAAGGCCAAGGCCAAGCUCAGCCAAAAGGCCUCAGGGGAGAGCCAGAGGUCAAAGAUGAGGUUGUCACCGGGGCUGUUGUCAGGGCCAGAGGUCACGACCCCGAGGAGGAACACCACGGGGAAGAAACAGCCCAGACGGACAGAGAGGUCAAACAGUGUGGAGGAUAAUCAGAACCAGACAUGGAGCAGAACAAACCAGCAUAGCCCCGCAGCUAGGGAGAAGGACCUGUUGCCUCCCCCCUCCCUGGAGCUUCAGAACCCCCUGAGGCCACGAAGCAAACCCCCCAGUGGGAAAACAGCCCCCAGGAAAGAACCUCGCAGUGCUACCAACUCAAACAACAACACAGUUACUCCACCAGCAGCACUACAGCAAGCCCCCGUGCCAAUCCCUGCUGUCAGUGUAAACCAGGACAAGAGAAAACACAGAGGUCCAAGCAACAAAAUCACACCUAAGUCCAGAGAAUUCAUCGAAACCGAUUCCUCUUCCUCCUCCUCUGAAUGCCAGUCAGAUUCAGAGGAAGCCAUCAAAAUCCCCACUCUGCCACCUCAGACAACACGCUCCGCUAUUAACACACAGACUCUGUCCAACACACACAUGCACACGCCUCUUCUCCCAUGCCUCAGCUCUGCUGGGAGUGUGGGGACAUUUGGAGGGAAGGGACUCCGAGUCAAAGAUGGUAGCAAUGUGACCACUAAUGGUAGCAGCAGUAGUAAUAGUAGCAUCAGCAGUGGUAGUAAUGGCAGCAGUAGUAGCUGUAACUCUCUAAGCAUUAGCAACAUAAGUGGUUCAUUCGGCACUUCUGUUCCUGAUCCCGGAGGGUUAGGAGGUCAGUGCAAAGACCCAGAGUCCCUCUCACCACCUUCCAGCAUGGGUCACGAGGUGGCUCUGUCCCCCUUGCGGGAAUACCAAGAGAUCCAAAGUUUGUGGGUGAAAAUUGACCUGAGUUUGCUCAGCAGGGUGCCUGGCCAAGGUUUGGGGGAAAGAUCCAGAGUGGCAGAAAGGGACGGAAGUGAAGGGAGAGACAGAGAGAGACAGGGGGAGAGAGAGAGGAUAGUGGUGGCUGAGAGAGAAAGACAGAAGCAGGCCGAGAGAGAUUGGCCAGGGCUGAGAGAGAGGCAGAAGUUACCUAAAGGGGAGAAACAGGAAGAGGAAAAUGAGCGAUUAGUGCAGGACAGAGAGAGACAAGGUGACAGGGACAGAUUAACAGAGAGAGAGAGGCAGAUGGACAGAGAGGACAGAGAGAGAUUGGGGCUUGGGGAGAGGGAAAGGACGACGGGGAGGGACAGAGAGAAGGUGUGCCAAGGUCUGGGGGUCCUGGACAACCCCCCUGUGCAAGAGCAGAGUAAUCCCAGACUGGCAGGGAGGACGGAGAGAGGAGAGAGCGGAGGCAAACACAGGAGGCAGGUGGCUGGAAACAUGGUGGUCCCGACAGAGAAACACACCAGCAAGAGCAAGAGGAAACACAAGUCGGACCACAGUGAGUCAUCUGUCAAUGGCAAUAAGAAGCUGCGAUUGGACAAAGACUGUCAGCUCCUCCCACCCUGCAUCUCUCCAAUACACAACCACAAGAACAGCUCUACAGGUAGCUCUCUAAACAGGAAGCAGUCUCGACGGCGCGACGACAAGCUGCUCCCUCCCCUCCUGUCCCCGCUCUCUGACGACCCCCCUCGUAAACGAACCUGCGACAGCAGUUCCUCUCUCAGCCAGGAGGGCAGCGCUGCUGGGAGGCUGCCCUGCUCCACCUCUUCUACUUCCACUUCCUCCCACAGACACAGGAGAGGCGAAGGCAAGGUGUCAUCAAAUGCGAGAAAUGGCAGUGAAGUUGAUACCCACGUGGAGAAGCCCAGCGGAGACAGUUACCAUGCCAAUGGACAGUCGGACUCUGAGGUGUGGUCGGAACCACAGGUGGAAGCUGCUGAACCUCGCAGGCCAAGACUGUCGUUUAGCGACACAGUCCACAGUGCAGACUACUACAUGCAGGAGGCCAAGAGACUGAAGCACAAGGCUGAUGCUUUGAUGGACAAAUUUGGUAAAGCGGUGAACUACGCAGAUGGUGCCCUCUCUUUCAUAGAGUGUGGAAAUGCUAUGGAGCGAGAUCCACUAGAGGCCAAAUCACCAUAUACCAUGUACUCUGAGACCGUGGAGCUAAUCAGGUAUGCCAUGAGGUUGAAGAACUUCGCCAGCCAUUCAGCCACCAUCGCUGAGAAGAAACUAGCUGUGUUGUGUAACCGCUGUCUGUCUCUGCUGUAUCUGAGGAUGUUCCAUUUGAAGAAAGACCACGCUGUCAAGUACUCGCGGUCGCUCAUGGAGUACUUCAAGAAUUCAGCCAAGAGUUCCCACCAAGCACCCUCUCCCUGGAGGAUCAAUGGGAAGGUCAACGGGACUCCAUCUCCCCUCUCACUCAGCCCCUCCCCAGCCAGCAGCGGAGGUGGAGGAGCAGGAGGAGGCUCUGGAGGUGCCCCAGGCUCGUCAGGAAGUGUGGCUAUUCCCCAGCGGAUUCACCACAUGGCUGCCAGUCACGUUAACAUCACCAACAACAUCCUGCGGAGCUAUGAACAUUGGGAGACGGCUGACAGACUGGCCACUGAUAGCCAAGAGUUCUUCCAGGAGCUGGACUCGGUGAUGGAGCCGUUGAGUCAGCAGAGCAGCAUGACAGAGCUGGUGCGAUACAUCAGGCAGGGACUGCACUGGCUCCGCUUAGAGGCUCACCUGCUGUAAGGACUGGACCAGAGCCAAAAUUUGAAAAAAAAAAAAAAAAAAAGAAGAAAAAAAGAGAUGGGCCUGGGAGCUAGAACUGGGAUAACAAGUGAGAUGAGACUCAUGACGAUGCUUCAGUUCCCACUGGGAUCCUUCAAAUGACCCGACACCACCCACAGUAAUGUAACAGCAUAGACUGGGUGGAUUAAUUGGGCUGAAAUUCACCUGCAAUUAGGACUGAACAGUAAUUAAGUUUGGGAACUUCAACUGUGACGCACAGAAUACAAAUUAGCACAUUAAACAUUUGGCUGAUGCUGCUUUUUGGAGCAACUGUAUAUUGGUGCAGGUAGCUUAGACUCCUAAAGGGACAAUAGGUGUUA